GAUAUUGUGAUGGUGGACCUGAAAGAGCGUUUGCUUCCACCCAAACCUCAGUCAGCUAUAGACAUUAGAGAUGCUUCUUUUCGGCCAUCUGCCUCUGGACGCCAGCCUUUUCAAGGCAUGGAUUUAUCAGGGUUAAAGAAGCGUGGCCAAGGACUUCGAUCUUGGAUCCGUGUUGAUACAUCUGGGAAUUCGCUAGUAAUUGAGGUUGACAAGUUCACUAUGAUGCGUCGUUGUGAUCUACCGGCCCGGGACCUACGGCUUCUUGAUCCUUUGUUUGUUUACCCCUCGACAAUCCUUGGUCGAGAGAAGGCUAUUGUUGUAAACUUGGAGCAGAUACGGUGUAUAAUCACUGCCGACGAGGUUCUACUCUUGAAUUCCCUUGAUAGCUAUGUUUUGCAGUAUGUUGUGGAGCUACAAAGGCGACUAACAAGUGGAGUAGGUGAGGUUUGGCUAUCGGAGGGUCCUGAGUUGAGCAGAAGAAGAAGCAGUAGGGGUUUUGACAAUGUAUAUGGGAGUACAUCCCCUGAUUAUCUACCCUUUGAGUUUAGGGCUCUUGAAGUCGCUUUGGAAGCUGCCUGUACUUUCCUUGAUUCACAGGCAGCAGAGUUGGAAAUUGAAGCAUAUCCACUACUGGAUGAUCUUGCAUCAAAGAUCAGUACAUUAAACUUGGAGCGUGUCCGCAGAUUGAAGAGUAGACUUGUUGCAUUGACUCGAAGAGUUCAGAAGGUUAGAGAUGAGAUAGAGCAGCUAAUGGAUGAUGAUGGAGAUAUGGCGGAAAUGUAUCUUACUGAGAAGAAGAGCAGGAUGGAAUCAUCAUUAUAUGGUGAUCAGUCUUUGAUGGGAUUGAGAUCGAAUGAUGGACUUUCUGCUUCAGCUCCAGUUUCUCCUGUUUCUUCACCUCCCAAAUUACGCAGGCUGGAGAAAAGCCUCAGCAUUGCAAGGAGCCGCCAUGAGAGCGUGAGGAGUUCAGAGAGCACUACAGAAAAUAUUGAAGAGCUUGAGAUGUUACUGGAAGCAUACUUUGUGCUCGUUGACAGCACCCUAAAUAAGUUGACUUCGCUGAAAGAGUACAUUGAUGACACUGAAGAUUUCAUCAACAUUCAGCUGGAUAAUGUUCGAAACCAGCUGAUCCAAUUUGAACUGCUAUUGACAACUGCAACCUUUGUUGUUGCUAUUUUUGGGGUUGUAGCAGGGAUAUUUGGUAUGAACUUUCCCAUAUCUUUGUUUGAUUACCCUGGUGCAUUUAAGUGGGUCCUCGUAAUUACUGGGAUUUCUGGGAUCACCAUAUUUUGUGCAUUUUUAUGGUUUUUCAAGCACAGAAGACUGAUGCCCCUAUGAAAAAAAUUGAAAAUUAGAAAGAAGGCAUC